AUGCACGACAACCGCACGCACCCACUCCUCGCCCAGAUCCCACUGACCGUAUCGCCCUUCGUGAGCCUGCCCACGGCCGCCACGCUGCCAUACACCUACAAGCCGAUGCCAUCCUCCCUGCCGCCGUCCAGCAGCGGCAUCACCUCCACGACAGCGGCAGCGGCAGUGGCAAACGAGCCGGCAGAUUCGGGCUCCAACAAACCGCGCUACGUCGUCUCGGCCUCGGGCCACGCCGCCCACCCGGACGAUAUCAUGGCCUCGUGCAAGGCGCUGCAGUCGCACAUCUCCCAGAUGCAGGCGGACGCGGAGCGAGAGCUCAGGGAGCUCGAUGAGCGCAUCAGGGAGAGGGAGCUGGCCGAGAAGAGGCGGGUUGCGCCCGGCUGGCUUGACAGCGAGGUGAGGGUCUUAGAACCGGAGCGCAAGGUCGAGGUCGGCAGUCCGGGUCCAGGGCUCGAUGACGGAACUGUUGGGGCAAGCACUAGCGGUGAUGACAACAGCAACAGCAAUAUGGCCGGCCAGUUUGCGGAGAUGAGCCUCGCUGAUAGGCAAGGGGCCAGCGAGAUGGCCGGUGAUCUUGAUCAGGGAGCCGAGCUGGAUCGGGCUUUUGGCGGAAAAUGA